AUGCAUUGGGUGGUGGAUUCGUUCCAAGGACAGGAAAACCAAUCAUCAAAGGUUUUGCUUUCUUUUGAUACAGAACAGGAAAGGUUUCAAGAAAUACCUCAACCUGAUGAAAAAUUGGAGAAAUUUGAUUAUAAGUUUCUGGGUAUAGUGGGAGGGUGUCUUUGCAUGCUUUGCAGCGUUUGGAAAGUUGGUUUUGAAGUUUGGGUGAUGAAUGAUUAUGGAGUAAAAGCAUCUUGGGCUAAAUCGUUCCAAAUAGAUCAAGUGAUGUCAAGACCCUUCAACUACUUGAGUAGUAUAGUGGAUCUAAAAAACAACGAGAUCCUAUUAGACGAUGAGAAGACUGAUAGUUUUAUUCUGUAUGACCCCAAGCUAAAAACAAUAAGACUUCAAUCGAUCCGUCUUCCAGAAAAGCAGCGCUAUCAAACAUUUGCGUAUGACAGACGUACCAUUCAUGUGUAUGUGGAGAGCUUGGUUUCAGUUAACUCAGGCACGCGUAUUGGGGAUGCACAAGAAAAUUUAGAUUUCUAUGAAGCACUUAAAGACAUUGAAUAUUAG